AUGCUUCCCGCCCCUUACGUCAAAGUGUAUCUAGUGAAAAACCGAAAAAUGGUCGCCAAGUGCAAAACACACCCCGCCCGGCGAACCCUGGAUCCGCUCUUUCAGCAGGUCCUCCAGUUUCAGGAGAACUUCAAGGGCUGUCAGCUUCAUGUGACCGUCUGGGGCGACAAAAAGUCCUUCAUGGGCGUCGUGCAGAUCGUCCUCGACGACGUCGACCUCAGCUCCACGGUCAUGGGCUGGUACAAACUGUUCAAUGAGUGCUCUCUGAUCAAUCUGCCCAAUGCCAAAGGAGGAGGUGGUCCUGGAGGAUCUGGACAUCCUGGAUCACACCAC